AUGGAAAUUGAAGAAAUAAAUGAAGGUUUGCUACCAGUAUCAUUACCCACAAUAAAUCCGUCUUCUGGCUCUACAUCUCGAACAUCAUAUACAGUACACAAAUCCACACCCACUGAAGAAAAUAUUCUGACACAGCUUGAAAUAUAUAAGGAUUCUACUAUAUUACUUAAAGAAAUUGUCAAUAAGUUAGUGACAGAAUUAUUACAUUAUACUG